AUGUCUUGGGACUCAAAAGUGGCCCGGCGUAGGCAAAGCAGUGCCGCGUCGGGAACGAGGAACAUCGCCAUACAUGCCCGACAGCAGGCCAAACGAUCCAUACAGCCCCAGUCACAGCACGUCGCCGACCCCUUCCUGCAGGACUUCCUCAACCCCUCCUUUGAUCCCGCCUCCUAUCUCAACGCCACUUUGCCGCCAUUACAAACCUCAUCCCGCACGCCCGCAAGCCAGGCUUCCAGCCAAGCCCCGGUUCCGCUCUCGGAGCUCUCUAUCCAGACCCAAACCGUGCUCUCCCAGCUCAACGCCCACACCACACGGUUGACCAACACCCUGACCGAACUCACCAACGAGAUCCUCCGGAGCGGCGGCCGGUUAGCCUACGAGGUUGAGCUGUUGCGAGGCGAGACGCUCGGGUUGGCUGAGACUCUGACGGAGGGACUGGAAGACGACAUCGCCAAGUUUGUCCCGGGCGGUAUCAAGGACUCCUUUGCCGAGCCUAGAACGGCAACGGAUGGCCACAGCCACGGCACAUCUACGCAUCAACGGCGUGCGUCCAUCCUAUCUAUUCCACCGCAACCACCAGCAAUCGCAGCAGCAACAACAACAACCUCAGGAUCAACAGAACCCAGCACAACGACGGAUACCGCAACAGCAGACCCAACAACAACCACCACCACCACCACCCCUCCCACCGCACCCAACGAGCCCCCCUACAUAACCCAACUCCGCACCCUGACCCUCGUCCGCGCCCGCCUUGAAUCCGUCAUCAAAACCUUCGGCGACGCCAUGGAAUUCGUCUUCCCCCCUUCCGCCCUCUCCGUCAGCUCCUCCUUCCUGUCCGUCUCCGCCCCCGACGCCGGUGGCAACAACCACAGCACGGAAGAAAAGGGCCAGCAGGUCCUGCAGAAACUGCGGGAUGAGGUUGCGGGUUUACUUCUCGGUCUUGGUAGUAGUGACGGGGGCGGGGACGGACCUGGUGAUGGGGACCCCAUCAAGGGCAUCGAAGACGCUGCACGGCGGGUAGAGGAGCUGAAAGAUCUGGCUCUGGUGUGGAAGGGCACGGCGGAGGAAAAGGGGCGGGCGAAGUUUAUCGAGAGUUUGGCAAGGAUGGUGGAGGAUCGGCAUCGGGAGUUGUUGAGGGAGGCGAAUGAGCAACAGCAGCAGCAGCAGCAGGCUGGGGGGCGGCGGGAUGGUGGUGGAAGGGCAGGAUCGGGUGGGAAGAAUGACGGUAGCAAUGGGGCUGGGAGAGUGAAUGGUGGUGGUGAUGCGGAUGGAGCUGGGCAGGCUGAGGCGAAGGGGUAUGCGGGGGCGUAUGGGUUGAUCAGUCAGUUGCAGAAGCUGCGGAAUGGGCUGUGA